AUGUCUCAGUUAGCCCUAACGUGUACGAUUCUGAUGGCAAUGUGCCUGCACAUUGUCCUAGCAGCCCCUUCGAACGACGUGACGACGGACAAACGUAACCAGAAGACCGCCAACCAGAUGUGGUUUGGCCCAAGGCUCGGACGCAGGAAGCGUACUCCGACGCCCGCCGAAGGCUAUUACGACUAUCUGGAGGCGGACGAGAUCCAGAGCAUCCUAGAGGCCAUCGAGGGUUCUCCGUACUCUUUGGUGGUGAUGAACCCCAACAGGCACAAGAGCCUGAGCUUCGCACCCAGACUGGGUCGAGAGUCGGGAGAGGAGAGCGACGAAUGGAUGCAAGUCCCCAGAUCUAUGAAGAAGAUGCUGCAUCACAAUAAGUAUUGA